AUGAGGUCAUAUCGCGAAAGGGUGUUGGAUGCUAGCAGUAAUGACUAUAAUGCUGCAAAGACAGAUCUUACCUUGUUGCUUGACUGUCUGAAGUUUCAGAUGAAAUCCCCAGAUUUGCAGAAACAAGCCCUCCUUACGAUCCACUCAGUAUGUCAAAAUAGAGAGGAAAAUGUAGACCUGUUCAGAGAGAUGGGUGGUGUUGAGUUUGUAUUCAGCCUCACCAAGUCCAGUAUUCAUUCAGUUGUGAAAGAGACUUCACUCUUUACACUUGCAGCUCUAGCUGAGACCAGUGUGUAUUGCAAGAAUUCUUUGUGCAGAAAGGAGAUCUUCUCUGACCUCGCUGAUUGGUUGGUUAAAGAAGACAGCUCACUGAUUCAGAAGAGGGUGGCUGUUUAUCUGCUGUCUGUGCUAGUAAGCAACAACAAAUCUGGACAGACACUUGCCCAGACCACCAACUGCAUGGAUGUCCUACUGGAUCUGUUCAGGUCGACUUCCCCCCUGUCUAAAGAUGCCACUCUGGGUCCUGCUAACAAUACUCAAACCUACCAGCUUUGGAUAUCUGUGUCUAGCGCUCUCAGUGGCUGUGUGAACAACCCUCAGAAUGAGGAGGCUCAGCGAAUCUGUGUGGCAGCUUUCCCCUUGGUAAAAACCUGGCUGGAGCAAAUCACACUGUUCCGUAGUGAGGUGGUCCAGCCCAUAUGCUCCUUCAUAGCAAUGACCGUUUCAAAUAACUCUUUUGUCCAAGAGAAUUUUUUUGCAUCAGGCGGUUUGGAAACCCUGAUCCUCACCCUGGUUCGUUUGGCUUCAGAUGCAGAGAAAAGCCCCUUGUCCUGUCACCUCGCUGUCAUUAUGACCAAAACCCUAUCGGCCUGCAUCUCUGACAACUCUACUCUGGCAACAGGUUUGUUUCAGCACGGUGUAGUUUCAGCACUCCUCUCCCUGCUGUCCAGCCCCAACCUGGACCCUCAAGACAGGCUCUCUGUGGUACUCACUCUGGGUCACUGCACAGAGGUAUCUGAAGAGAAUCAGUCCCAGCUGGUGGCGUUGGGAGGGUUGUCCAUCAUUAUUACUCUGCUCACCGAGUCCCAAAGUGAGGACUUAAGAAGAGCUUCUGCAUUCAUACUACAGACCUGCAAAAAAGCCACGAUGUCUCUGGCAACACUUGACCAUUCGGCAAAACAGAGUGAGGACGGGGCAGUUGAUCUCCGUACAAACUUGGCGUGGAGGUCAGCCAGAGAUUUGUUACACAGGAUUAACCAGCUAGAGAAGAGAGAGGCUGAGGGAGUUAAAGACAAGGAGGCAGAAGGCUCACCAGUGCAAGCAGAAGAGCUUAUCCAUGCAGGGAGGAUGAGCAGCAGAGAAAAGACAGCAGGAGGAGAAGCAUACAAAGAUGUUGCUGGAGGGUCCUAUGCGGAACUAGACAGGUGUGAGGAGCACUGUAGGGAAGACACUCUGAGGAAAUCUGACCCAGAGAGGAGAAGCAGUGAGAACACGAGAGCAGGGAGGAAUUGGAUGGAAGAGAUUCAGCACAGAGGCAGAUCACCUCAGUCUUUGAGCCGUAUAUGGAGGCAGGUAUUCGAAGACAAAAAUGAGACAGAAGAAUCUGCCGUCACCAGCAGGGUAAAAGAGGAGAGGGGAGCCGUCAUACCUUCUAAACAAAAGGAGAAGAGCAACACAGGGCAUGUAACAGAGAGACAGAUCAAGGCCUCUGUGGGUGUUAAAGCUGAAGAUGAUCCCCACUGUGAACCUCAAACUCUCGGCAGAGCACUGAGGAGAGCAGGGGACAGCAGUGAGUCCAAGAGUGGGGGCUGCUCAGGUGCUCUUGUAAAGAGUACUAAAGAGCACUAUCAAUACGUUGGUGGUGAUACUUCAUCUGCCCCGGUGGCCCAUACUGAGAUUGGAGUUCCAGGACAAGCACCCUUGGGAGGAGAUGUGACGUGUUCAAUGUGCAGGGGCACUGGAAGAGUCAGUAGUUCACAUAUCAAACCACGAGAGGGAGCCAGAGAGCCGCACGUGGACAGUCAAUUGUUUAAGCACCCACCACCUGUCAAGCAGAAAUCGUCAGGAGAGAAGAGAAGAAUCGAUGAUGAUGAUGCCCUGUCUUUGUGCUCUGAGCUGAUUGACAGUGAGAUCAGCAACAUGAAGUCAGCGCUGGAGUUUCUCACACCACCUCAUAACAGAUGCUCAGGCUGUAUGUUACAUUUCGGGGAGGUUACCAGCAGGUCGUUCUGGUUUAGCCAGAGCUACUGUCACCAACGCUGCGACAUGCACAAGGUUCUUCAGGAGGCCACAGAUGCGUUCAGGGCCCGUCGCCAAGACAUGCUGUUUAGUAAAAAGGCCCAGAGUUCUGUAGAGCACAUAGACACGUGUUCUGAGGGAGCUGCAGAAGCAAGGCCAAAGAGAAGCUUGGAUUACUGGAGAGAGGUCUCCCUGAUGCCGAUACGUAAAGAUGGCGAGCCGCCCAGGAGUUCACCAGGGAAAUGGCAAAGAAAAAACUACAACGACAUCCAGCUGACCCCACUACGCCGAGGAGCUCAGAUGAGAGCAGCCUUUCAUGACGGUAAAAGCGUGACUGCAGAAAGGCCUCAUCUCCCAGAAGCAGUGGGAAGAACGGAUGAAAAUGGAGGCCGUGCUCUUGAUGAUCAGCCGGAGCCUGAGCCCAAACCAGAACUUGGCAAGAGCAACCGGAGGGAGAGAAAGAACUUCACCCAGGAGGAGGUGUACUACCUGCUGCAUGGGGUGAAGAGGUUCGGUGCUUCCUGGAACUCCAUCUUGUGGUCCUACCCUUUCCAGCACGGGCGCACCAAUGUUGACCUUGCCAGGAAGUACAGGCAGCUCAUGUUAAUGUUGGGCGGACGCAAAUGAAACACUGUGUAGGUCGUUUCCAUGGGCGUGCACAGCUGAUUCUCUCUCCUUAAAGUGGUGCUAACUUUCUCUUAUAUCACAACGCGCUGCCGUCCAUUUGCUCGCUGUUUUUUUUUUCUUUUCUCCCCUUCCCCAGAAACCAGAAACCUGGGGUUUGGGUUGUACCUGGUCGUGGCCCUGACACCAACCGAGCCAAGAGCAGCCCAUGAAUGAUGGGAAUCAACACCUUGGUAUAUCUACAAGACUUUCACUUCACCCACAGUUUGAAAUAUAGUAUUAAUUGCCCCCCAAAAAAAAUAAUCCAAAACUGCAUGUCCUGGGUGACGGUUGGCUGUCUGUUUUGUCAGGACGUUGAAGUUUUGAUAUGUAAGAGGAUUUGUUUCACAACAACCUGCAGUGCUGUGCUCCUAGUUCCCAGCAGAGUUCAGGCGGUGGUGUUUUCGCAGUUGUCGGAGGAUAAUUCUCUGCCAGGCAGUGUCAUGUUUACUUUCCCUUCUCACUAAAACAUUGAGAAAGUGUUUUGUUCCCCAAACAAAUUUUCCUGUUAUUUCCUUUUGUUAUGAAAUGAAGCUUCUG